AAAACUAAAAAAAAACUAUUUUCCAGAUCAUCAACAUCAUCAAAUAAUGGAUCUUACGGCUUCUUUGGAGGAUGACCAGCGGGAGAAGCUUCGACAGUACACCGAAUUCACUCAUCAACAAGACUAUGAGGUGGCAAUCGGCACACUCGCCUCACUAAACUGGAAUUUGGAGCAGGCGAUCGAGGCGCAUCUUAUGCAGGAGGACAAGAACGACGACGAGGAUCCAGAGAUUCUCGAGACAAUCCCAGCAGCAGCGUCUGGGAGAAACGCCGGAGCAUCGUCGAGCUCGAGAUUCGAGCCAGAAGUGAUCAAUAUCGAAGACGACGAAAUGCCAGCUACACGUGGACGCCGUCGCGGACGUGCCGUGACUCCAGACGAGACGACGACGGUCGAUAACCAGGUGAAAAGACUGCGGAUUGACGAUGGAAGCAGCAGCAGCAGCAACGGAGCCGCUACACAUCAUCGUGGAGCAGCGAUACCGAGACAGAAACGUGGUCAAGCCACAGAGCCAACUCCGUCCUCAUCAGGCUCCUCAUCGGCUUCUUUCUCGUCACGCCGUGGGACACGUGCCAACCCGGUCCCACCACCGAAUCAAGAGCCCGCUCAUCCAGAAUCGGCUCGUCAGAAUGGCGGAAUUCUUGCCUCUCGUCACAACAAUCACAAUAACCAGCAGAAUAAUCAUCAUCAUCAUCACCAGCGUAUUCCGAUUAAUCCACGUCGCGUAGACGUUUUCAACGUUGAUUCUGACGAGGAUGAUGACUCGAUGGCUAUCGCAUACGAGGAUGAUGAUGACGGCGUUCAUGAGGUUCACCAUAGUGAGGUCGUCGCUCGUGGCUCGGGUCCGCCGAACGGUCGUAUUCCGAUGAUUCCGGAUGGAUUUUCGUCCGUCUCGGAUGCUCUUCGCAACUUUGUCGCGAUUUUCUCGGAUCGUUUCUGCUCGACUCCGCAGACUCAGGCCUUUAUGCCACCAUUCUACACGGAGCCACUUCCGGCAGCUGUUAAGGAAGCGUUUGAUCAUCCGAACAGUGAGCAUCGUCGUCCACUGCUCUUCUACAUCAACCAUGAUCGAUCGAUCGCGGCGAACAUCUUUGCGUCGCAAGUCUUGUGCUCGGAAACUGUUUCCACGCUUAUUCGUCAUCAAUACGUCCUGUUUCCAUGGGAUAUCACUAGCGACUCGAACUUGAUGCUCUUCCUGGAAUACCUGCAAGCUGCCAAUAUGGGUGAUGUGCGUACAAUAAUUCAACGUUUGGCGAUGAGCAAGAUCGAAUCGUUCCCGUUGAUGGCUAUCGUUGUCAAGGAGCGAAACUCGUAUCGUCUCGUGGAUUACUGUAGAGGAACCGAUACCAGUGACCAAGUGAUGGAGAAGCUUUUGAGCGGUGUCUCGGAGUACUCGGAUAUUCGAAUGAAUGAACAAUCUGAGAGACGAGAGCGUGAAGAACGAGAGGCUAUUCGGAAUCAGCAGGAGGCUGAGUAUAAGGCAUCUCUGGCUGCUGACAAGGCACGUAUGGAGGCUAAACAGCAAGAAAUUGAGGAGCAGCGUCUUGAGGAGGAACGCAAACUUCGUGAGGAGGAGGAAGAAUGUGUCCGUCGUCAAACUGUCGCCUCUACAGUUCCAGAAGAGCCACCAGCGAGUGCUCCACUUGCUGAGAUUAUCAAUGUCAAGUUUAGAUUGCCAGAAGGUGGACAGGAUAUGCGUCGUUUCCGUCGCCUCGAAUCGAUCCAGACACUGAUCAACUAUUUGUCGUCAAAGGGAUACUCGCCGGACAAGUUUAAAUAUUUCAACUCGGAUUUCCCGAAAAAGGAGAUUACUCGCCACUUUGAUUUGUCUCACAACUUUGCCGACACCAAAUGGCCUGCCAGGGAGCAGAUUUUUGUCGAGGAAAUCUAAACAUUUUUUCGUGAAUAUCUUGAACAUUGUUGUCUAUAAAUAUGAGUCCCCACACACACACACACAUCUCCUUUACUCGUUUUUCUUUCUCUUCGUCUCUCUCUUUCUCUCACACUCUCUGCUCUCCAACUUGUGUCUCUUUCCCACCCCUCUUUCCGCUGUUUUUUGUAAAUUUUCCAAUUCUUGUAAUCGAAAAUCAUCGUUUUAAAUAUUACCCCCCCCCUCCCCCUGAAAAAUGUUUUAAAUAUUUUAUUGGCUGAGCCCCCCCC